CUAUCGCAGCAUCCGCUCACUAUACACUCACAUUUUGUAGGACAUGAAAAAACUAAUCAUAGUAGAGUGAUAGGAUAUAAUAUUGACCUUUUGGGGUCCUUCACUAUGUAUACACCCGUGGUUGAUACGACAUUGACGUUCAAAUAACGCGAAUUACAAAGUCAGAUCAAAGAAUCGCAUAGUUUUACACAUCGCUAUAUUAUAAGACACUAAUAUUACCGCAUAUCUGCUGAAAUAUCGACAAACAUUCCACACACUUGACAUAAAAUGUCAGACAAUGAGCUAUUCGGGGAGGCAGAUGCACGUAGCGAGGAUUCAUUCAUCGUAAACUCUGAGCCUUCCGUACACAGUGAAGAUGACGACUAUGAGUUUCUCUUUGGUACAAAUGUGGAGGAAACUGUAGACAAAAAGGUAAAAACAAGAGGCAAACGAGUUAAAGACCUGGAAAACCUCCUCAGAGAAAGAAAAGCAGCCUAUAAUGAUUUUGAAGGUACCGAAGAUGAAAUCAGAUAUACGGUAGAUGAAUUAGCAGAUCACUGGGAUAGGAGACAGGCCUUGGAAUCUGAGAUCCUUUCACUAUUCUCUAGUUUACUUACAAAGGAACAGAUUUCAGUUGAUUCUGUACAUACAGCUCACACACAAUCCAUGCAUUCGGUUUAUAAUGAAAACCACAUUGAUGGAGAAUCUAAUGUUCAUGAAGAGCUUGGCGGUUCCACCAGUUUUAAUCCUCCAGAAUCUUCAAGGUCAAACACACAGCAGACAACAGAUGCUGAUCCUGAAAGUAACCCAAAGGUUCCGACCGAAUCCAAUAGGAUUGUAGGAAAAUUGAUGAAACGUCUUAUUAAACAAACGUUUAGGGACAAGGCUCCAGAAGGCAGAUUUGGGUCAUAUUCCAAGGCAUCUGAUGUGGGAAAAGAAAAGGCGAACCAUGAGUUUAGGUUAAAUACUGUAACUUCUAUUGGAAAGGAUGCUUUACCGGCAUUGAGAGAUAUAAACACACUUUUGAAUAGGGAGCGUGGCAACGAUUAUGAAGAGUUGGAUGGAGUGCCAUUAUAUAAGCAUACAAGACCGGUUACCAUUUAUAUUUUCAUGAACAACUUUAUUUUAUCCCAUAUUUUGCCACUUUGCACACUACUUUCCAGAGGGGCGGUUUCAAAUCCUGAUAUAGACACCGAUGCUAUCUCAAAGGAGAUUAUAUACCUUUUAUAUCAAUUAUCACAACCACCUUCUGAGGCGUGGUAUAAGUACUGGGUAGAAGCAGAACAAGUCUACACAUCUUUGAAUGCAGCAGGAUCAAAAGAUGACAGUAUUUCAUCUGAAAUAAAGUGCAGGAUGAGAGUAAUUGAAGACUACAUUUAUGGAUUGGGUGUUUUGCGUAGUUCCAUAGUAUCAAACGAUAUUUGGUUCCUUGUUGGUGAGUUUCGAGUAAAAUUAGAGCACUUCAAAAGAGAAAAAUUUAGAACGCCCGCACAAACUGCACACAUGCAUGAGCUUAGAGAGCUGCAGGACAAGCUCUCAAAAGAAAGAGAUGAGUUGGUCCAAGAGAUGAAAGGUGAUGAAGAUGAAGAAGAGAAUGUAACACAUGGGAGAUUGCGUAAGGAUAGGAAUGUCAGAGACGCCAACAGAAAGAGACUGCAUGAGUUGAGAAAACAGUUGGUUAGGAUAAGUGGCGAAAUAGCUGAUGAGAAUGAAUCGGUAGCCAUUGCAGAAAAACAAACUUUACUCCAUAUUGCAACUGUGAGAAUACUUAUCGUCCAAAUAUUGACAAUCCCUGGUAAUGAUUUGCCAAUCCUUGUCAUUCUCAAUGAAUCUGGGCUUUUAUCUACCAUAAAAACGGAGAUCAUAGCAAGUUUUGAGUCAUGUAAGAGUGGAUUUAUAGUAUCGGAGGAUGGGAACGUGGAAUCCCAUGCUGCAUAUCUAUCCGAGACACAAAGGGCGACCCUCUGGGAGUAUGUUAGGCUUGUACACGCUAUAACAUCUUGUGUGUCCAUUUCCAGGAUUUUUGCUACUCCAUAUAUGCCAACAAAGCAGGGAAACAAAUCGGUAGAAUAUCAAACUGGUCGCACAUCUGGAACGCAAUCUAAGAUAUCAAACGAUGACCAAAAAAUAAUAGAACUUGCAAGAUUGAAUCCAAAAUUAGCCAGAAUGCGAAUUAGAGGCUCUACAUCCGAUAUUUCUACUUUCAAAAUAGAUGAGCAUGCAGGAAGAACUCGCAAAUUGUCAGACUAUGAUCGUCUCUUUAGGUUUCCUACUUCAGAACACACAAAUCCAUACUCCUCAUUUUUGAGUGACUCAAAUAGUACAUUUGGAAAAUAUGCACCUAUAUUUGCGGAAGGUGUGACUCCUGAAAACCUUAAAAAUUUGCAGUUGGAACUGCAGUCAUUAGUUGGCAUUGAUAUUGAUUUUGAGCACAUACAUUACAACCAGGAUGGUGUACAUGUAUACUAUGAACUAGGUCUUUUGUUAUCACUACUUUUCAGUGAUAUUUCAAGGGAAGCAGAGGACAGAUAUUCCUUACCAUGUGAUGUGGAAGUCUUGCUUGAUUUAAAAUCAUGGGUUAUUUCUUACUAUACUACACUAUAUUUGAAUGAAAACAAGAGAAGGGAUUCAAAGGGUUUAGAAAAACUUCCAGAGGCGUUUGUACUUUUGGCCUUGAGAAGAUAUGUUGGAAACGAAAAUUUGAUGCCAAAAGUAACGUGUAUGUAUAUUUGGCGUUUGAUUCGCAAGUCUGGAAUGAGAAAAUCUAGCAGCUUGGGGGCUGCCAGUGCACUCCGAAGUUUUUAUGCUGAUUUAAUGCUUGUCUUUUCAUUUUCAAAUUGUAUCAAUGAGCACGUCUUGGAUAUUCUUAAACAGCUAAUAUCUUCAUAUCUAACAAAUAAUAUAAAAUCUGCACUCUUUUGGAUUCUUAGAUUUUUCAAACCUCUUUCCCAUACAACACAAAUUUUCGUUUAUUCUCUCUCAAGCCUACACCUUCUUAGCAAGAUUGUGACUGUAAUGGGAAAUAUUUCUUAUACCGUGGAAAAAAGCCAAAAUCGGGCGAUAUCUUUAGACUAUGACGAUGACAGUGAUGAUUCCAUGGAUGGAGGGCUAACCAAACGAGUUGUUUUGAGUAAAAAUUCAAUAUUUUCUUCCAAACAUAUUUCCCAAGACGUAGAUUCUACACCAAAAGAUGUGAUACCUGAUAUCAUGUACAAUGGAAGAGUAAUUUAUAACUGUGUUUUUCUUCUUUCAAACUUUAGGAAUAAUGAUCCAUAUUUGAAUGAUUUACUCAUUACCCAUCUUGAAAUGCUUCCUCCAGGAUUACUCUAUGAUUUGAAGUAUUUUUACACAUUUAGAAAUAUUAUAAAGGACAGAAGGGUAUGGCAAAAUGCUCAUUGGAGAUGGAUUGGGGAAUUUUGUAUAUAUACAUUGGAGCGCUUUUUUGAUUCCUGGCUAAUGGAAGAAAAUUUCAAGGCACUUCCAAUUGAAUUGUUUUAUAACAAAGCAUCAACAGCUACAGUUGGUCCAUUUAGACCAUGUUCAAGAGAUCAUAUUUUACCUCUUUCAAACGGUUACAAAUCCUGUCAAAUACUUGGAUCACUUUUGAAAAAUCCAGACCUAUCAAUAUAUGAAGUUGCACGAGAAGUUAAAGGAAUGCCAAUGUCAUUAUGGACAAGAGAAGAUGACGCUACACUGUUAAAGUAUGCUUCACAAUUUUCCUUUUUGGAUGAUCCACAUACUUAUAUCGCAGAAUUGCUCGGUAGGCCAGUUAAAGAGGUAACAAGGAGAUUAUCUGAAUUGAAUGAACAAAUGAACAAGGAGGAUAAUAAUGAUGUAUUCGUUGAUGCAAGCACUCAAACAUUCAAGCUAAAGGAAGCGUGCAACAUAUUUUAUGUUCGGUAUCCGGAUAUUGCCUCUACAACCCUCUCUGAACUUCAUGAAAAUAUUUCUGAAUCUAUAGAAAUGAAGCGACUAGGUGGCUUGGACGCCAUUUGCGAAGUAAUGGAGCCAAUUUCAGCUUCUCAGGAUAUUCUAGAUUCCCCUGAAUUCCUAUCUAUACUUGCAUGCCUAAAGAUAGAAAACUGGAUUCUACCAUCUGAUUUGGAUCUCUUUGAACAAUUUUUAAAGGUUAUAAAGGAUCCAGAUUCAUAUAAUUCUGCAGAGAUACCACUGGAUAUGUCUGGAAUUAUGCAUGGACCUGCGGAUACUACUGUCUAUGAUAUUUAUAAGCCAAGCAAGUUCGAGGCUCUAAAGAUGAAUUUCACUAGUAGAGAUAUAGCUAGACUUAUUCUUGAUAUAAAAGAUGUUGCAACUAGCGCAAAGGAUGUACCAGAUCCUAUGACCUCUGUGGUAGAUCAAGAUUCUAUAGAUAUUUUGGAAAAAUCAAUGGAUACUUUAGAUAUAUUUGGUAAUGAUGCAGAAAAGGUAGACAAUCUAUCAAAGUUGUCUGAUGACUACAUUGAAAUUCUGCAAGAAAGUUUACGCCUGAUAGAUUCUGCUGUAAUCCUCGGAAGAUCAGAAAGCAUGUGUAAAAACCUUCCUCAGGAUAUUUUGUCGCUACAAAAACUUUCAGAUCUGCUAAACAUUGCAAAUGUGCGUAUUAAUCCACCGCUGCUCAUUUGUGAGUCUGUAGGAGAUGGAACAAUCGCAAAAGAUCGUCUUCAAAUGGCGGUAAACCUCUUUAAAUUACCUGAGCAAAGGUUGAGAGAUAUUUCCUCAUACGUUCCACAAGGUUUUGUUGUAGAUACACACCAAGCUCAGUCUACAGUUGAUACAGAUUUCCCAAUGGAUGAUGAGGCAACACUCGAUUUUUCAAAGGAUCCAUUUGAGAGUAAUAUAAUGGUUAACAGAACAAAGAAGAAGAGACUCAAAAAAUCAAGAACAGUUGAAAAUGAUGAAGCUGUAAAUAUGAAUGAACCAGAAAACAACACAUUGGAAAAGAUGCUACAAACUUACAGGAAAGGUCUAAAGUUUGGAAGGCUCAAGAAGCACAACAAGAUAGAUUUGGUACUUGGAAAUGUUCUAGAAAGAUUAUCAUCUGGGCUCUAUGAAAUGAAUGCAGCAGAAUUAAUGUCUCUAGGUAUGGACACUAGUCUCUUCAAGGACUUUGAUAAAUCCUUGACCAAUCUAAGCAACCUUGUCAAAUCUUCUGGUGCAACUGUAGAAUAUGUUGGCGAUAGACUUAUGUUUUCAUUCACACAUGAAUCAUCACAGGUACUCAAGGAUUAUUUGGGAGCUACAUUUAAGGAAACAGAUGUAUCAGUAUCAGUGCCCAAAAGAACACGAGUUAAAAAGAGAAGGAACAUUCCAACAAGGCUUGACAUUGGUGUUGGUGUACUUGAUGGUUUAGACCCAGUGGAAACAUUCAACUUUGACCCAUUCAAGAAUUUGGAAUCAUCCGUAGACCUAGUAUCGCAGCUGCAUAAGCAAUCAUUGGAACUUGCAGCACAGAAGCGACUCUAUAAUGGUAUUACCAGAGAAGCUCUACAAACAAUUUUAUAA